UCCUGCUGCACACUGAAGAUGUUUCACGGCUGCUGCUGAGUUUUAUCUCUCAGCUCUUAUCAGAUGACCACAAGCCCAAAACUCACCUGGAUCACCGGAAGUGUUUCUGACUGUCGGAAUAGUUUUGUUUUUACCCCAACAAACCGGACACGUUUUUCUCUUGACUCGUUUCCUGAAAUGAGCUCAUCCACCGGCCGGUAAAGGUCACGUGAUGUCAGGAUGCCUGGAUCCCUAGCCACUUCAGAGCGCCACCCCAACACAGAGGGACAGGAAGUGAGGGACAUGGAGCUGUUUCUGGAUCUGUCAGAGUCUCCUUUUCUUUCCACCUCGUCUGCAGCUUCGGAGCAGCAAGGGGACGGCAGCUGGAGCCAAGACGGAGACCUGCAGGGAUGUGGACAAUUAGAGAGGAAGUGGGUGCUCUGGCACGAGUUCAUGAAAGAACACGCCCACCUGGACACUUGGCUUCGACUGGCCGAGCAGGCUGUCAGUUCCCCCAACUCCGCCCACGUUACCUGCAUCACUGCCAAGGAAGAACUGAGGAAGUUUGAGAGGCUGCGGUGCGAGGCCGGAUCUCGUCUUGUCCAGUUGGACAGUCUGACCCAGAAGAAUCGGACGCUGACUCGGCUGUUUCAGGGCGCCAUGCAGGCGCGGCUGCUGGCGUUGGCAAGGGAGUGUGGGCAACGAUGGGACAAUGUGAACGCCAAACUGGAAUCCAUCACCAGACAACUCAAGCUCUUUGUCUCGGAGUGGGAGGGGUUUGAGGCAGAGAGGGAGGAGCUCACUCUCUGGUUGGCUGACCUGGACAUCCGUCUGACCGAUGUCGAUCACCUGACAGGAAACACCUGCGAAAAGCUGAGACAACUGCAGUCCUUCCAGCAGUGUGUGUGUGUGAACUCCGGCCGUGUGAAUGUCCUGCUGCAGCGCGGGGAGGCCUUGAUCCAGCGCAGCCAGCCAACUGAUGCUCAGCAUGUGGAGAGUCGGCUGCUGGAGCUGCUGCGGCGCUGCAGCCUCGUCUACAACAACAUCGCACGAACACACACGCGGCUGCUGAGCAUGAGACUGGUGUUUGAGGAUGACUGGAUUCUAUCUCAGGCUACAGACUCUGGUUGUCCUUCAGAGACUCUACUAGAGGAAGAGGGAGCGCUUGAUAAAGCCAGCCUGGACCUCCCUGCCUUAUCAAACCAUCCGAAAGAUUCCAGCCAAUCGGCUAACUACACCCCGGCCUUCUCCUCUCCCAUUCACCCCCCUCCUCAGUCCUCACCUACCCACGAGCACCAGGGGCUGGAGUGGGACCCCUCGGUUGAUGUUGGUCGCUCUGUUUCCCGUGACGAUGCCGACUCGUCGUAUUUCAGUGUCAGCACAGGUCUGUGUCACAGAGAUGGCGUGAAGAGGCGGAGCUACCUCAGCUCCCUCGGCUCUCUGUCUGAUAUCAGCAAUGACAUCAACAACCAGGAAGCAGAUCUGCGAUUGGAGGGAUGGCUUGACCACGCCCAGCCCAGUGUCUUCCCUCCAGUCACAACCCAAAGGGGUGGGACUCGGACAAACAGAGACCAGUGGGCGACCUCAACUCCUGACAGACAGGACGGUGAACCAGUCAGCUUUGACGGUGGGCGCGUGAGGGCGUGGCUGGGAGUCCAGAGUCCCAGCCCUCCAGAAAGGAGGACUUCCUGUUCCAGAGCUGUGCAGACGGACGGGCAGGUGGAGUGCUACCUGGAUGAACGCCACAGUGACGCACCCAACCAUCUGCGUCCUCAUUUCAACAACACACAACAGUCUUUUCCUGCCCCCUCCUCUUCACCCUCACAUGACCUAAAAGCUUCGCCUGAUUGGACAGGGCACCGAUAUGGAUCAGAUCUUCAGGCUGAAGAAGAGCAGUCCUGUUGUGAGGAAGCUGAGCGUCUUCUCUCCGAACAAAGUAUGACCUCCAGCAGCAGGGCCUCGUCCUCCCUGCUCUGCCCAGCCCUCCUCUACCUCCUUCUGGCUGCAGCUCUGGCUCUCCUGGCCUAUCUGAUCUGGGUCGUCCUGGAGCCGCCGUGUCACCGCAGCAGCAGGAUGCAUCGUAGUUUCCACCUGGCACUGAGAUAUGUCAACGGACCCCCGCCUACCUGAGGACCACCCAGAGACAGUUUGACUGAAGCACUUUCCUCAGGCUCGACAGAACAGAGGUUUGCAGCUCACCAUGUAAUGCUCAUUUCAAUGAACCCACAAGAGUCAAACAUCAAAGAUCUGACAGUGAGGUGCAGGAAUAGACAAUGAAAAAGCAACUUUAUAAAACCUUGAAUCAAGGGCAGCACUGAGUGUCAAACAUACACGUUUUUCUUCACAUUUUCCAAAAUAAUUGUCAUAAUGAUCCAACUAUGUUUUCUCUAACUACAAAACUAGCUUCUUCCUGUAUUAAACUCGGGCUGCGGCAUGGUUUUGGCGCAACCCAAAUGUCAGUUAGUUAAUAGUCUGAACUUCAACUGUUUCUUCUUUAAGUGAUGAGCCACUGAACGAUGAAAAUGUUCUCAUUAUACAACCUCAUUUUUGGAAUAUCACAAUAAAGUUGGCUUCAUUUUAAAACCAAUUAGAUGUAAACACAUAACCAGUUUUGGAUCCAACCCUCUGAGAGCUUCAUCCUCAUCUUCAUCUCUCCCUGUAUCACUCAUCACUGAGGCUGGCGACCUGUCAGAGAAUUUGUCAGUGGUGUCUGGGCUUUUUGUAGAGUCCUCAACCCCCUUCUCCUCCUCUGCCUUAUCUUCAACCUCCUUGCCCUCCUGCUCCUCACCCUCAUCACAGUCAUUAAUAGUCUCUUGCCUCAGUUGCCUCACAGUCUGCAGCCAAGUCACUCAAAUCUGACUCUGUGUCAGGGUCAUCAGCAUGUUGGGGCUCCCCUUCCAGCUCAGUCCUUGAAUCGUGGCCUUCUGCUGUCUCAGCAUCCUCCACCAGGGCCUUUGUUCUGAGUUACCUCACUUUAAAGGCCUCAUGAAGGUCUGGUACAGCGCAGUAAAAUAUUUCUGCUGUCGCCACAUCAUGACACAUGGAGGUGUCCACCCUGGUUCUCUCCUCCUGGGUCAGGUGCUUUUUGACCUGACUGCUCACAGUUAAUCAUGUUAAGUUGAUGGUGAUGGUGCCCUUGAGGCCAGCAUCAUGCCAGGCUGUGUUCAGGUCAGCGCUCAAUUUGGUGAGCUGCUUCCUGUCAGUUGCAUGAAAAACGUGCUAUGUGUAAUGUGUAUCACCUUCCUCAGCCAAGUGUCCUCCUCCUCAUUGAGGGCCAAAGUGGCGUGGCCAGAUGUUCUUUGGGUCUUGUCAUCUCCUACCCACACAAGAUUCAUCUUCUUCCUCAUCUAUAUCCAGGACCUCUUCCAUUUUCAGUGAUGUGAAGACAACUGGCUGGUGUCCAGUUGGCAUAGGUUGGAAACCAGUUAUGUGCCCCAGCAGCAUGGAUAUAGUUGUGACUCUGGCCUUCCUCGUCAGUUUGGAGCAACGUUGGUAUCACUUUCUUGGCCUUGGCGAAGAAGCCACUCUGAUCUUCCGCACUCACACGGUUCCUAAAGUUCAAGCGUUGAAGUCAAAGAUGGUUGUGGAUUUGUUGCCCUGAGCUCUUGUAACUUUUCCACAAUAGGCACCCGCUUGGCUUUGAACAUAAAGUCAUCAACUUCAUGUUGGGGUGCAGCGCACAGAUCCCACAGGUGCUUACCCACCCGAGAUUAGCCCGGCUUGUCACACAUUGGGCACGUGAGCUUUCCUGCACCAUGCCCACCUGCCCAGCAGAGGAAGGGUUCUGGAUCUUGUUUCAUUGAAUGACACCGUGAACAUGGACAAACUCGAUACAACAUUAUACAACCUUUAAUGAAGUGAGACAAUUCCACUGGUUCUGUGUGCUGUUUAUGUUUUUCCUUUAACUUUCUAAAAGUGGUCAUCACUCAGAAUCUAUAAAAAGAGACAGGUUGCUGCAUCAGUUUAAGAAAAAAUACUUUGAUAUCUAUUGGAAACAGCUGAAAUAAUGUCCUCACAUAUUCUUUUUACAUUCAUUUUAUAAACAAAGUUUAAGACUUGAUAAAGACAGUUUAUCCUUGUCCUUAAAAACAGGAAUCUGACCAAAGAACCAACCAGUUUUACCACUUACUGCCUUCUUCAGGAACUUUUUCAGACUCAGUGUUCUGGUGUGUAUUUUUUGCAUCACACAGCAAUUUAACUGGUCUGGACGCAAACUUUUCCAAACCUCCGUUGUUUGAGCACAAGGAAUGACUAUGCGAGAUUGACAGGUUGCAAACCUUUUAAAAAUAUUAUUAAAUGUUGACAGCUAAAGAUGCGAUUUUAUGCACCAACAAAAGAGAGUUUUUAGAAAUACUCUCUCGUGCUUUGUGGCAGCUGAUGUGGGUGGUGCGUUGAGAUUAAAUGAGCAGUUUGUAUAAUAUUUUAUAACUCCUGAAAGGUAAGGGACAAAAUCAAAUCAUGUUUAAGUUUGAAACAUAAGAUUUCAGUUUGAGUUUAGUUCUUUCCAAUAAUUCGCAGUAACCUGCCCAUUAAAUUAACAGAGUCUGAACACAGUAUGCUGCCUAAAAUAUAUCUUUCUCUCUUACUAGGAGCUGUAGGCUACAUGAAAAUAAUACGAUAGCACAUUUCUGCCCGUGUAAUGAAUAAAGAUCCAAUAAGUCAUUAAAGUUAGAAACCUUUUUAAAAUAAGUUAGUAUACCAAAAUAAUAAAUUAAAAACCCAAAAUAGAAACAAGACUAGUUCAUUAUUUUGACAUAGUAACUCAUUAUGAAAUACCAAUUCAUCAUUUUAAGAUACUUACUCAUUACUUUGAGAUACUGUUAUUUUAAGAUAUUACCCGUUAUUUUGAGAUUCCAAUUCCUCAUUUUGAGUUACUAACUCAUUAUUUUGAGAAAGCUGCAUAUUUUUAGAUACUAAAUAUUUAAAGAAACUAAGUCAUUAUUUUGAGAUGCUAAUUAUUCUGAGAUAGUAUCAGUAAGUAAUAAGAAGCUUUCUUAAAAUAAUGAGUAAGUAACCCAAAAUGACAAAUUAGUAUCUCAAAAAAAUUAGUAUCUAAUGAAAGAGUUAAUAUUGCAAAAUAUUGGGUUGGUAUCCUAAAACAAUGAGUUAGUAUCUGAAAAUAAUAAGUUCAUAUCUCAAAAUGACAAGCUUUCUCAAAAUAAUGAGAAGCUUUCUUAAAAUAAUGAGUUAGUGUCAUUAUUUCAAGAGAGCUUUUCAUUGUUUUGAGUAAGUCAGCUUUAUUGACAGUGGGGCUCAGUAUCUUAAAAAAAUGAACUCAUCAAUGAACUAAUCAACUCAAUAUUUUGAGAUACUAACUUGUUCUUUCAAAAGAAGUUUCUCAUAGUGACUAAAACAUAGUGAUUUUUCUUUUUCUUCAUCACACUGGCUUGAUGGGCUUCCAUAUGAAACAUGUCUGGCUUCACCUGCUCAGAAAUAAUAUUCCAAAGUCCAUGCCUUAAAGAAUACAUAUACACCGCCUAAAUAUAGCAGAAUGUAUGUAAACUAAUGGGAAGUUGUACUAUGUAGAUUUAUCUUUGCAUAUGAGAUUUUUCUGUCAGUAAAAUUAUUCCUAACUGCCUCAUUUUCCAGACCAAUGCUAUUACAGCUGAUUAAAUGUCCACAUCAAUGUGUUCAAAGUUGUAAAUCUGCUUUGUUUGUUUGUAGUUCCAAUGUUGCAGUAGUUGCUUAGAAAAAAACAAAAGAAACAUAGAUGUCUUUUUUUCUGUUGAAUAAAUGCAGUGUAUGUUUGAAAGAUUGAGGGGGUUAAAAAUGAGAAAGAGUCUGACUUGUACAGCUGUUUAUUUCCUUUUUUCCUAGAUAUGAAAUCAUAAUUAAUAACGUAGAAACACUGUACUAGCACAGUAGGAAAGUGAGGUCAACAGUCACAGCCAGAAUAAUUUUAUGACUCAUGUUGUGUAAAAAAAAAAAAUGUAAUGACACAGACACUAAUGUUUUGACUUUAGAAGAUUUACUUCCUUGUUCACACAGGUUAUAUCUUUAAACCACUAUCUGUACUAAUGUAGCCAAAGCUAAUGUAAAGGAUGCAGCUCACAGGCUAGCUCUGUGCUGCCCCCAUGGAUACAGCAUUGGCGGCGAGGCCCCGUUCAGUCCUGUGAAAGUUGCUCAGUCACGCAUGAAGCCAAAAUCACUCAGUUUCCAUGUUAUAAAAUUAUCCGGACAAUCACUAAUGUUUCGGCAUCAUUGGGCCCAUAGAGCAGACGCACUAGAGACUUACGGCCACUGACCGAGCGGCUAAUGUCCAGUUUAGCACUGCGCUAACUUCAGUGCUGAUAAAAUUAGUUAAUCUUGCAGCUCUUUUAGAAUUUUCAAAAGAUGCUGGACCGAAUGGAUUAAAUCUUGAUAGUGGAGCAAGUCCUUUCACAGAGGUUGUGACUCAUAAAAUAUAUAUAUGUCUUUUUCCCAAUGUUAGUCUGUGGGAAAAAGUCUUUUUGGGCCCAUUGGCAUCACAUGACAGACCCUGAAAAUUGCAAUACCACUGUUUGGCCACUACGAAAAUUGACUUCAAAGCCUGGUACACUUCCUGGGGGCCUGCUUUCCUCUUAAUAACUCUGUGUAAUACUUAAUUAAACUACCAUUUAUGACAAAAUUAUGAAGUAUUUUGUACUUAUAUUGACCACUAACUGCCUUUACACCGUGAUAGCACUUGUAUUUAAAAUUCAUUAAGAUGUUUUGCAAAAAGGGAAAUGUGUUGAGGGUAACAUUUGUCAAAGUUUUAAGGACCAAGUCCUUUUUUGUGUGUUUAUUUUUAUUUAUUGUUUUAGUCCAUUAACUACAAAUCACAUAUCUGUACAUCACUGCUGGCCUCUUUCUAAACAACCAAAAGUGUUAAUGAUUUUGGUUUUCCUUUUUUAUUUUUUUCUCAGGCAGCCUUUGGUUUCAGUUCAUUUCUCCAAAGAUCAUCUCAUAGUGACUCAUCUUUCUGCAGAGGCAUUAUCACAGCCGAGAUCCAGUCUGUGUUUAUUGUAGUAAAGUUGUGUUGUUGGUGUUUGAUGAUGCGUUUUAAAUGCAGUUAGAUUUUAAAAGCCCUUAGUGCUUUUCCAAAGAACAAUAAAUUCACUGUGACCAAAAUAAAACCAUACAUGAUGGAUUAUUUGCAGCCAGUUUCGGUACAGCAAUAGUGCACAGAGUAUAUCUGAUGAUUAUUAAAGGGGCUAAAACAUGAAAAAGAAACAUGGUUUCUGAAAGGGAAGUUUGAUGGUUUAUCUCUUGUUUGUUUGUGGAGUUCUGACUGAUUUUGUACUUUAACUGUCCACUAAGUGUAAAUAAUGUCACGCUCCAGCUAGAACAAGGUGCUGCCUGCUUUAUUGUUGUGUGUUUAAAGGGACUGAAGAGUUUUGUGUUCCCAGCAUCAUGUAACAGCUGUGAGAGACCACCUGUGUGUGACUGCAGCUCAGUCAGUGACCUGUUAAAACCCAAAUGUGUCAGGGGAAGGUUCUUAAAACAAGUAGAUUUCAGGAGGAUCAAUAGUUGUUAAAGCUGCCGUCCGUGGGCUGUGUGAUGAUGGUGAUGAUGAUGGUGAUGAUGAUGAUGAUGAUGAUGAUGAUAACGUGUGUUUUGAGCCUUUUGAGGUUGAGAGAAUCAUUGAAAAGGGAACUUUGUAAACCAACUGCCAUCUAAAUAUUUCACUGUUUUUUAGUUGAAGGUUUGUUUUUUGGUCAUUGUUAAAUAUUUCAAAAACAGAUCCAAUCAAAUGUUCUUGCUUUUGUACUUGUUUGAAGAUGAAUAAAAUGAACUGUAUGAAA